AUGUCAUUUCCGAAAAAUAGAAGCGUAAGUGUUUCAAAAGGUUUAAUGGCGGUGGCAGAUGUGAAGUUAAAUUCACCAACUCAAACAAACAGUCAAAGUGUUGUUGUCAAUGUCAAAGAAAGAGAUGUUGAAGUGGGGAAACCAUACGAAGACGAAGAUGGUAUAACAAUAGUUCCUGUAAAAGAACCAACAUAUCCUGAAGUUAGCAGAGACUUAAGUUCUGUUGCAGAUAUUCGAAACGACUACAUGCAACUUAAAGACAAACUUAAAACUCAGGAGAAGAUUUGUCAAGCUUUAGGUAUAAUGUUAAACUUGGUCGAACACAACCCUGUAAAAGUGAACUCAUAUGUCAUUGCACCUCAUGAAGUUUUGAAAGAACUAUUGAAACUUUUGACAGAGGCAGACGAUAUAAACAUCAAAGAAAUAGAACCCGACAUUGCUUGCUGUGGUGUUUCAUACAA